GAUGCCUUCACAUCACGUACUAAUUAAGCCAUCGUAUCAUAUCAGCCAUGGCGCGCCACCAGCUAUGUCUCUUGACGACGACGAUGCUAGUAGCCGUCGUCGUCUUCCUCCCGUGCCUCGCCACCGCCACCGGAAAGACCGGCCAGAUCGCCGUCUUCUGGGGCCGCAACAAGACGGAGGGCUCACUGAAGGAGGCCUGCGACACCGGCCUCUACACCACCGUCAUCAUCUCCUUCUUCAGCGUCUUCGGCCACGGCCGCUACUGGACCGACCUCUCCGGCCACGAUGUCUCCCGAGUCGGCGCCGACGUCAAGCACUGCCAGUCCAAGAACAUCCCCGUCCUCCUCUCCGUCGGCGGCGACGGCUACCAGUACUCGCUCCCCACCGCCAAUUCGGCCAAGGACGUCGCGGACCACCUCUGGCACGCCUACCUCGGCGGCGGCCGCAGGGGCGUGUUCCGCCCCUUCGGCGACGCCGUGCUCGACGGCGUCGACCUCUACAUCGACCACGGCGGGCCGGCGAACUACGACGUGCUGGUCCGGCGCCUCGCCGGCUACCGCGGCAAGCCGGUGCUGCUGACGGCGACGCCGAGGUGCGUGUACCCGGACGCGAACGCGGCGGCGGCGCUGGGGACGGGGCUGGUGCGGCGCAUCCACCCGCGGUUCUACGGCGACGCGGCGUGCACGAACAAGACCGACGGCGAGGGGCGGAGGAGCCUGUUCGACUGGGAGGACUGGGACGCGUGGACGUCGCGGUUCCCGGCGAGCCAGGUGUACGUGGGGCUUCCGGCGGAGGAGACGGCGGCGGACUGGAUAAACCCGGAGUCGCUCUACUACGCCGUGAUGCAGAGGGCGCAGACAGCGAGCAACUACGGCGGCGCCAUGCUGUGGGACCGAGGCGCCGACAAAGCCUACGAUAACUACUACGGCAGGGCGCUCAAGGACUUCGUUUGAUCGAUUCUCACAUUCAAUCCGGCCGCCAUUGCUGCUUCAUCGGAGCUUCAAUUCGAUCAACUUCUUCUUCCCAAUAGUAUAUGCAUGAUUGUGUAUAAUAAUGGAGCCAGCUUUGAAUUUGUUUGCGUAGCGUGUGUACGUGUGCGCGUAUGUAAUUUGUGAGUGUCUCUCAGGGUGCUGUAUGCUUGAAUUAAGGUACAUGAACAAUAAAUUCAAGUAUGCACUACGUAUCUGCUAGUAGUUGUAUUUGUUCUCAAGAGUUGGAGAGUGGGGCUUGGGCUAGCUAUAUACCGGGAAUAAACUAUUUUGAUC